CCGCAUCCUAUUGCUUAGUACUAGUCAGUACUCCUGGUAACUCAUCUCACUGUACUAUCGCCAACUUAUCAUGAUAAACCUAACCAUCGCCACCAGCUUCAACCCAAUGGACGCCCACAAUUCCCGACCCCCUUGACUAUACGACAUACCAUCACUCCCGGGCAGGAAGCCAUUCGAUGGCCUCACCAGCAGCAGAUACCCUUCCAUUUCUUCAAUUCCCCGCCGAAGUCCGCCUAUCAAUCUACCAAUACCUCAUCCCCGACCUUCCCAUCCGCAACUUCGCCCUCCUCCGCAACCACUCCAAAACGCCCCACCUCCGCCACGAUGGCUCCCGCUGCUGUCCCGCUAUCCUACGCACAAACCGCCAGAUCCAUGCCGAGGUAAUCCCCGAAUGGUACAGCGCAACCUCUUACGAACUCAUCCUUGACACAAAAUACAUCCUCUUCUGCGGCAAGGUCAUCCCCCCUUACGCGCCACUCCCCUCCACAAUCCAAUGGGUCCAAUCCCUCCGUCUCUGCCUCUCCAUCCAGGGUACCCCCCGCCACAUCCACAGCCAGUCCACCCUGGAACAGCUCCUGGGUUUUCAGGAUCGGCUGACGACGCUGGCGCGCGUUCUCUCAGAUAAAGGCGAUCGGAAACUGAGUCACCUGAAGAUCGAGAUCGGGGUCAAUAUCCCACUCCUGUUGAGUCUGAGUAAGACGCCGAGUGAAUUGCUCGAGUUGCUGGAGUGGAAUCUGCUCCCGUUGAGGGAGAAUAUCAGGGAUGUGGCUGAGGUGUGCUGGGAGUUGCAGGAGCAGAGUUAUGGGAUCCAGAGCGAGGAGUUUCUGCGCUCUUAUGCCGGGUUAAAGUCGAUUAUGUGUGCUUUUCUGCAGGAUAUGCGGUUGGAUAUGCUGGUCGAGCCGGAUGGGUAGACUCGGCUGUCUUAUCAAUGCCGCGACGUCAUUGCCGGACACUAUCUAAUUGAUUACGACUCGAUUGGAAAGGAUCGGGGGAGUGGACCCCUGAUUACCGAGACUGAUACCAUUGUGGGUGGAUCGGGUCCACUUGGAGCUUUUACGCUUGUUUGUCCGAUAUCGGCUAUUUCGCGGCAUAGUUUACUAUUCUGCAAUUGGGAUUCUGGGCUGGUGGUUGUCGAUACUCUAGAAAUUUAUUGAUAUAUUUUGCUUAAUGGGGGUUGAUUCUAGGAUCUGCGACGAAAACCCUUUCAGGCUGGACUUUAGUGUUACAUAUUAUAUUUCGUGUCCUAUAUAGCUGUGGACUAUCAUGAUAAUCGUCACAUGACAUCACUUUUAAAAAAAAAAAAAAAAAAAA